UCGCACAAAAACCAUGUUGCCAGCAGUAUUCAAAUUAUGUUGUGGCAUCUCAUAUCAGCACUUCAGGAUCAUGACAGGAUUGAAGAAAACUGCAGUGGUUACAAUAGCACAGGAACUGAAAAGUAUGAAAAGAGAAGAAAAAGUUCUGCCGAGCAUCAUUAAUACGCUAUCUCAGAAAGAAGACUUCCAUGAAGCUAUCAGGGUAGAAGAUGAAAAGCAGACAAUAAACAGCACUUUGAACACAGAAGAGUUGUCAUAUGUUAAGCAAGGGGAAGAAGCUUUACUAAAAGCACGAGAGAUCUUAAAACAGGAUGCUGGAUGGACAACGGAAAUCAAAAUGAAGAAUGGUGAUAAUGUUGCAAGCAAGAUUCUACCUGGAACUGGAAAGGUUUUCAAGUUGGAGGCGGUAUUGGAUGCAACUGUAGAACAUGUGUAUUCAGAGCUUCAUGAAAAAGUGGAUCAAGUGAGCUCAUGGAAUCCAAGUGUUAAACACAUACAAAUCCUCCAAAAAAUUGGUGAUAAAACCAUAGUAACUCAUGAAAUCAUGGGAGAGACAGCUGGAAACACCAUCGGACAGAGGGACUUUGUGAGUGUAAGAUACUGCAGGAAAGAAGGAUUAUGUUAUUACUUGGCCGGAAUAGCUGCAAAAUCCAAGUUGAUGCUACCACAGAAAGGCUUCAUUAGAGCUGAAAUUGGACCAUCCUGUAUAAUAUUAUGUCCUGUGAGCAACAACAAGAAAAAGACUCAAUUUACUUGGCUUCUCAGCAUGGACCUUAAGGGUUGGCUUCCAAAAGCCCUUAUCAACCAAGUUCUGUCACGGGCACAAGUGGAUUUCGCAAAACACUUGCGCUUGCAGCUCUCUGCCAAUUUGACAUCCCAGUUGAACUAGUUAGGAGGAACAAGAGAAGUAUAAUUAGAAAUGGAGUCACAAGGGACCACCUUACAUCUGUUUGUGCAACUUAACAGUCGAUCAAAGAAGUCAUGAAUCAAUGAAUGCUAUAUGCUAUAUGAUCAACUCAUGAUAAAACGGCCGAGCAGACUCGAUGGGCCGAAUGGCCAACUUCUGCUCCUUUGUCUUAUGUCUUAUGGUCUUAUGGAAUUGCAGCUUUGAUACUAGAUACUAUAUCUGCAAAUUAUUUCAAGUGCAGGCUUGUAAAGUGAGAAAGACAAUACUUUGUGAAACUUGUGUGUGAUAUGUACAACAUAUUCAUUCCAUAGCAUAUCAAAAAUAUACUAUUUCAAUAACUGCUAGGAUUUCAGAAUCUGCAAUUAUCACUUAGAAUUUAAGUGAAACAAAUUCUGACGACUGACAGUAAAUGAAAGAGAAUUAAUACAGAUCUUGCAAUGGUAAUGAGACUUGCUGCUGGUUUUAUGAUAAUGUUAACUUAUUUCUGAUUACUUGAAAGAUUUAUCAGAAAACUAUGAAUUCAUAAGAUUUUUAUUUGUUUACUACAGUAUAUUAAAAGUUUUCUGGCAAUGUUUAUCUUACCAGUAUUAACUGAGCUUUAAAAUAGUGAAAAACUGGGAAAAAAAUGGCGUCUUGGGAUGCAGAAUUUACUGAUGGUUUGUAACCCAAUGAAA